AUGGUCACAUUCAAUCCAAAAAUUCAAGUUGGGAGCUCUUCCGAAAGUUUGGCUUACGAUCCUGAACAAGAUGCCACCGAAAUACGCGAUAUGAGGAUGAGAUAUCGCAUACUGGAAAAGCGUACAGAGGACAAGCACAUUCGCCCCCAAGAGUAUAAAACGGAAGAUCUCCUUAACCAAGUGGAGCAGGCCGACACAUUGUUCAAGAAAGUAAAGAAUCCUACCGACGCAACUCUUGAUUCUACUAUCCUUCGUAAUGUCUCGUCUAUCAGUGCACAGAAGGCGCGCGCUAUGAAACUGGGUUCAGGGGCUUUUGACGUAGAUGAUUUUAUCACAAAACUCGUCACUUUUAUGGGUGGACGCCAACAGCUCCGAGGAAACGACGAUGACUUCGAGCUAGAUGAUGAUGCUGCCACUCCUCUGGCCUGGGACAAAAUCGGACGCAAAGCAUUAGCUAAAAGUCGUAGAGUUCCUGUCCUGGAUUUUAUGCUUGGUCCUCUUUCCAUCGAGCAAAAGAAGCGUGUCUUCGGGAAACGGUCCAAGCUAGAAAAGAACAAAGAGGAGGAGAGAAAGCCUCAAGAGUUAAGGGAAGAAGAUAUUGCCCGUUCAGAAAACGAGACAACCAAAAACGUGGCAACGAUCGAAAAAAUACUCGCCGAACAAGGCGCAAUCAACAUAUUUAGGUUCAUCGUGAAUCCUAAUGACUUCGCCCAAUCAGUUGAAAAUAUGUUCUAUCUCUCGUUCCUCAUACGAGAUGGUCGAUGCUCGUUUGAAAUAACUGAAGAAGGCGACCCCAUCAUCUAUUCAUGUGAACCCCCCUCAGAUGACGAUUAUGCAAACGGACUAAAAAAACAACAGAUCGUCACAGAGUUUGACAUGGCAACUUGGAGACGCGCUAUCGAGAUCUUCAACAUUACGGAAUCUAAGAUACCUCAAAGACCUCCCUCUAAAACAAAGCUUGGCGAUAAAUGGUAUGGUUAG